UUUUCGAUGAUUUUUUUUGCCGUGGAGGUUCAGCGAUGGUGCAGCAGCCAUGAAGCGAGGAAGCGUUCACAGAGAAGGAGCGAUGAGAUCCGUAGAGGAAACGAAAUCGUUCGUAUUAAUUGCAGUGACGUAUCCGGAAGUGAGGGUGCGGAUGUGGCGAGAGAGAGUGUCCGCGAGAGCCUCCGUGGUUUGCUUUUGUGUUUUUUUGCCUUUUCUAUUUUUGGUUUUGUUGUUUUUUCCCUUAGUCCUGUCUUGCUGGUGGCUUUGCCUCGCAGUUUGUAUGCUGUUCGUCGCUCUCAGACGGCAGAGGCUCUGGCGUAGUGUGGAUGCCGUGGCUCUGGAUGCGGUGGUGGUUGGGGUUUCAGGAUGUUGCUGUUUCGCUUCGUGCACUGAAGAGGCGGAGGUCGACGAGGGAUUAGCCGGUUUGCGCUCGAGGAGGGCAGUGUUGUCUCGGUGUUGCUGCUUCUGCGUACAUCAUUGGAGAGGCGUGAUAUUCGCUUUGUGGUUUGAAGGAUGUGUGCGCUCCUUGAAGUUAUGGAGCUAUUGCCUCUUGUCACCUGGUUUGGGUUACGUGUUACCGCCGUCACUGUGGCACUGGAAGCUUAUGUGACGCAGCAACCUUCUCCAAGAAUGGAUUUGUUGGCAGCGCUGCCGCCGCUGCGCUCUGAAGCUCGGAUUACAUCUAGUUUACACCUUUGACGUAAUCACCCUGUUUGGAAAUGAAUGGACACUAUUCAUACGGAGGUCAGAUAGAAUAUGGACGGUUUCCUUGUCGAAGCGGAUACUACAGGGAGGCUGGUUUAAGGAAAUUUACGAGAGGAAGAUGCAGCAGCCUAGCUUUUUGUUUACAUCAUACGGAUUGGAAAUCUAUGGGUAAUACAUUCACUGUAUAAAUUUUCCCAGUCAUACACCUCUAACGAAGCAUGGAGCGGUUCUUGUAUAUUCAUGUGGAGGAUUAUCUUGUGCUCUGUCAAUGCUCUAGGUAUAAGGUUAUGAGGCAGUUGGGCGAUGGGACAUAUGGAAGUGUCUGGAAAGCGGUUAAUAAUGUUACUAACGAGGUUGUGGCGAUAAAGAAGAUGAAGAGGAAGUUUUACUCAUGGGACGAAUGCAUGAACCUUAGAGAAGUGAAGUCUCUGCGAAAGUUGAAGCACCCCAACAUUGUGAAGUUGAAGGAAGUCAUCCGAGAAAACGAUGAACUUUUUUUUGUUUUCGAGUAUAUGGAGUACAAUCUAUACCAGCUUAGUAAGGACAACGAUAAACCUUUUCCUGAAGCCAAAAUACGAAGCCUGGCUUUUCAGAUUCUACAAGCUUUGGAGUAUAUGCACAAGCAUGGUUACUUCCACAGGGAUCUUAAACCAGAAAAUUUGCUGGUUACGAAGGAUGUGAUCAAGGUUGCCGAUUUCGGACUUGCGAGAGAAGUGCGUUCGUGUCCACCGUACACAGACUAUGUCUCCACUCGUUGGUACCGAGCUCCUGAAGUCCUCUUGCAGUCCCCUACUUAUUGUGCCGCUAUAGGUAUUGAACUCUUCAUCGUGUUGAUGUGCUGUAGCACUCAAGCACAUGACCUAUUUAUUCUACCUCUCUCUCUCUCUCUCUCUCUCUCUCUCUCUCUGAUUCCGUCUGCCAGCCCAGAAGCCAUCAAUCUGAUAUCUGCUAUGUGCGUCUGGGAUCCUAGAAACCGACCGACGGCUUCACAGGCGUUGCAGCACCCAUUCUUUCAGUGCUCACAGAUUCAUCAGCGUAUCCGAGCACGUAUUCCUGGAUGCGAAUUAGCGCAAGCGAAGACCUUCAUACCUUCUGUGGUCAAGGCAAACUCUUUGAUGAAAAACGAGUUUGAAGGUCAAGCAGGCGUUAGGCGCGGAAGCGCUCUCUGGACAAAACAGCAUGGCAGUCCAAUCUCAAGUGGUAAAGUGAGGCCAGCUAUUAUUCGACCGUCUAUUAGUCCAGCUAUCCCUCCAUUAUCACAUGCUCGCGGCUCAGCGACACCGACGACCAAUCCUUCUGUGCCAACUCCUCCAACUUGGUGCUACGUCCAUCCUGCUGUCUUGUCUUCCAAUCCAACUUAUACCAGACCCCAGAUUCCAGAUCGAGAAACUUACCAGCAUGCCUAUCAUGCACUCCCUGCUAUCACUGCGAACCCCAGGCGAGGUCAGAACAUGAGACAACCCUACAACAUGACAGUGGCGUGAUCUGGGGGGGUUGGAUGUCGUUGCUUUUAUCACGAUUAGCAACGAAAUGUUACCAUUCUUUUGCGGUUGGUUAACACGGUCGAGAGAUCACCUUAGUCUUGAAGGUUCCGGUGAUGUAUGGAAGGUUUAAGGGUUGGACACAAACUGGAUCUAAUAUUGAUUAUAGAGGUAUUUUCCUGGAAGUAUUGCAUAUACAUUACAGUUGAGUGCUGGUAGUUUAGCGUUUGCUCUGGUUUUCAGUUUGGAGGCUUAUAUCAUCAAUUUCGUGGUGUUGUGUGUUGGAAAGUAGCGAAUGCAGAGAUGAUUUUGAGGGUAGUUCUAUUUCUUUGCAGCUUUAUGCCUCAAAGACUAUGUCAUGCAAUCGACUGGAGUCGGUCGCUUCUGCAUUGUUGUAGAUGGAUAGGGUUAUCGAAGAGAUCAUCACUUUGAUGGUAUCUUAUGGUGUGCGGCCUGUACUUUUUUCAUGAAGGGAAAAUAGUUAUAUUUUAUCUUA